AUGUUUCCCAAUCUCGACACUGCCAAAGGCCCCGAGGCCAAGGUCUCGCUGAGGUCGAUGAGGAUGCAGAGCAGUAGACACGAGUUCGAGAGACAUUCCCUGCCCGCCAUGGAUGUGGUCGCGGCCAGACGAUGUGGAGAGAGACUAUACUCUACGGAGGAAUUUCUGUCAUGGGUAGAGCUCGUAGUUUGCAGUGGCCAGGCCAUGACCACUGGACGCUUCUCAACUCGAGGCCGGGGACGGUCCAGGAGGAUUGAUGCGCCACCAUCGGGGACCUCUCCAACCCCGGCGAGCCUGUUGAAUCGCGCUUCUCACUGCCUCGGAACCCGUCUGUCGGAAGCCGUGUGGCCCUGCGCGGCCAACCCUCCUUCAUCCACAAGGCAAACAUUUGGUAUGAAGGAGCGCUGUACAUGGCAACUGUCGGAACUUUGGUCCGGUAUCUCUGGUCUGCUUCUCUCCAUAUGGACCGAGCCCAUCUUCCUUUCGACCUUCUGCUACACUCUCAAUCCCGUUGCUUGCUCCCCAAACUCCUUGAUAAAUGGGUCCCUGAUGCUCUGUCUCGAAACCAACCCGUGCUCCCCGUCGGGUGGUCAACAUUCACAGCCUAAACGGGCCAAUUCACUGGACAAUUGGUCCAUGGACCAUCCCGGGGAAAGCGGGGAGCGCAGUUGA